AACGAUUGGACAUGGCAACGGUUCGCGCUGAAAACAAGCCGCUCCGUGAAUUUUCUUGGAAACAUUUACUUUUUAUGAAUAUAUGUAUCUUUUAAUAGCAACCACUUAGGUCGCUCUCUCACAGUUUAAAUUUUUACACAAUCUAUGCGUGAGUAUUGACGAUAUAAACUGUAUUUCUGCGGGCUUUUCUGCCAGCGAAGAUCAGUUUCCACCAGCCUUCUGCAGGUCGACAUAAAAUGUCAUCAAGCUAUGGCUCACUUGUCAAGGAGGCCAUUGUGCUACUCGAUAAGUUCAUCGCUGGCAGACAAUGUCUGGAUGACUUCAUGGAAGAUGUUUCAAAGGAUCUGCAGAACAUGGAUACUCUGCAUAAGAAGUUCAUACUUGAUGUUGUUUCUGGAUGUACUGAGCACAAAAAGUUACUGGACGUAGUUAUCAAUGUCUUCUAUGGCCAGAAUGGGAAAUGCUUAUCCAGAGGUGAUCGCAGCCAGUUUGUCAUUAUCUGUUACCUCGCCACGUUUGCUCUUGAUGAUCUUGGACUUCAGCGUUUUAGCAACAUUGUCAAAUCUCUGGACAUCAAGAAGAUGCACACAUUCCUGACUUUCUUCUUCACAAACCUCACCACCUGGAUACAACAAGAGUGGAAUGAUAUUUAUGAUGCAGCCUAUGUGGAGAAACACUGGAUAGGCCCUCUGCUAAGAUGGCGCCCUGAGAUCGAUAUUCUCAUGGACCAGCUGGCUGUCAAAAUGUCUCGAGGGAGUCAGGUCAAGAAAGCUCAGAUCAAAACGACUGAGCCCCAGGAGUUCUCUCUCACCAAACCUAAACCUCCCCCUCUACCUAUGCCUGAGCUCAUUCCACAGCAGGAAAAAUGCAAACCAGUACCAAAUAGCACAUACAGGGCUCCAAAAGAGAUGCAGAUGAUAGAGGAGCUCAAACAAAAGAACCAUCAAAAGUCUGAGGAACUGCUCUAUGAGGCAAACAUAAAACAGUUCAGAUGUGUAAAUCCAAAGAAGUCGGAACACACCAAGAAAGUGACGCCUGUGGUUAAGGAGGACUUUGAUUCAAAACUCAAGUUCAAUUCAUUUAAUUCCUCUGAAUCUCCUUCCAGUAAUAAGAGUAACAGCUGGUCCAUCAAGCUCAACAGUGCAGCCAUCCUGAGGCAGGGGGCGCUAUAUGACCGCCAGGUGGAGGAGGAGCUGCAAAGAAUGGAGCGUCUGGUGGAGGGGGCACGUGAGCCCUCGUCUUUCCUGCAGUGGCAGAAGGAGAUGCGUGAGAAGGACCUUCAGGAGGAGCUGGCCAAGAUUGAGCGCAGGCGUCUGGAGGGACGCAUCAGUUAUGAGGAGGCAGCUAUGGCCCGCACACGCAUAAUGGAACGCAACCAGAAGACUGCUCAGCUGAAGAAAGAAGAGACAGCUCAGCUGAUGCGGAGAUAUGCUGAGAAAAGGUUGCAGGAGGAAAAAGAAAUGAGAGACUUGGUGCAACAAGUGGCAGAGGGCCACAAGAACUCAAAGACAGCUAAAGAGAAGUUACAGAAGUUCAAGCAAAGUAUAGUGAAAGAAGUCUCAGAGCAAGGUCGAGAGCUCCUUCGUCAAGCACUAGAGGAAGCACAGGCAGAGCUCAGCAGGAAAUUUGAAAUCAUCCAUGAAAUCCGUGCCAUUGAAUCGCUUCCUCACAUUAGAGUCGGGAAUUUUGACGACACGGAGACUGCAGGCCACAAGCUGCUGGGAGAGAUGUCCCUGGCCGAGCUGAAGGAGCGGCUGGCCCUCCUGAAGGAGGCGCAGCAAACAGAGCAGCAGGAGAAACGGGAGCACAUCCUGGAGGAGAAGCAGAACAAGAAGCAGCUGCUGUUGGAGCAGCUGGACACCAUCGACCUCCACAGGAGAGCGCUGGCACAGGCUGCUGCCAUCAGGAAAGGGGAGAGGAAAGCCAGGCUGGGUUUUCAGCAGUCGGUGACUCAGGAUAUGACAGUUUUGGCUCUGCAGAGGAAGCUCGAAGAGAAAAAACAUGAGCGCCAAAGACUGAAGCAAAUUGAAAGCAAGAAGGCCAAAACCUCUAAACAGGCAGCAGCGCACACUGUUAGACACACAGAGACGCACAACAGAAAAGGCUUGAAGGAGAACAGCUGGGAGGAAUUGGAGCUGAGCUUAGAGCGUCAUAUCCAGAAGGACACUCCAUAUGUUGUUUCUCCAACGGAAACACUCAAGACAUAAAUAUGUGCAACAUGCUCCACAGGCCUAUGAAAGUUUCAUUUUAGAUCAGAAAGAUUGUUAGUUAAAUUUGUUGCAAGAAAUUUGUGGGAUAAUUAGCUUUUCAUCUUUUAUUAUAUUCUUAAUUUCACACAUUUUGCAUUAAAAUUGCUGUGAAAAUGUUUUGAGUGCCACUAUGAUUUAUUUCCAUGAAUAAGCUGAUUAUUAUUUUCUUUUAUUACUUUUGGAUUCCCUGUGAGUGAGAUUAUCCAGGAUUGUUUAUCUUGACCUAUGACGUUUAGUCUACUUGUAACAUAAGUGUUAAUUGUUGCCCUGAGGUUUGUUGUGUCCCGUAAAUGCCAAAGUAAAUUCCACCCACCUGUGAAUGUAGCAUGAAAAGGGAAGUGGGUUUUCAACUCGUGACUUGUGAAAAAAACGUCUCUUCCCCAAAACAA